AUGGCGGACGAUGUUACAAUGUCCGAAGUCGACGACGAUGAGAUAAAUAGUGAAUCUGCUUUCGAGGAGUUGGAGGGCUUCAAUGAAGCUUGGAACGAGUUUGUAGAGUAUAUGGAAGAAGGGGAAGAUGGGGAAGAGAGGGAACCCGAAGCUUGGGUGGGAAAUAUUACCGAUAAAGACGUGCGUGAGUAUCUGGCAGAUAGACAACGGAAAUUACGUACGAUACAGUCAGAGGAGCUAUCGAGUGAAAAGGCACUACUAGAAGACCUGCUUCGUGAUCCCAAGCAAGGAAUAACGUCAACUGGAUCGACUUGGGAUGGGAUGGAUUAUGGAGUUGUUAUUGAUCUACUCGGUGCCAUCUGUAAAGAACGGCCUAUUGGUCCGGGUGCCUGGGGGAAGAAGUUCGAAAAGUUGACGGAGGAACCUCCUCUAUACGUUUCUGAAGAUUUCACAAAGCAUCCAGAAGUGAGUCUAUAUUCAAAAACAAAAGUCACUUUUGUUUAUAUGCUAAUUGAAAUGAUCAACAAGGAUGUGGGAGGAUUGCUACAAGACAAUAAAGCAAAUGUGGCACGAAAUGAAUUCGCUAACGUACUUGAUAAAACCGUCAAACCCUUUCUUCAAUAUGUCCUUGAUCUGAGAAAAAGGGAUACACCACUCAGCUAUAAAUCAAUGAUGAUCAUUUCCCGGCGAAUGAAGCUCAUCGAUUUCCUGACGCUAAGCCGUCGUUUUGCAGAUCUCCGCAACCCCGAGCCAGAAGAGCCCGUUAAUGUCGAAGAGGAUGUUAGGGACGUUAACAUCUUCAAUGAUGAUCUCAAAAUUGCUUGGGUUAUCUUACGAGUUUGGAUACGGCUUCUACACUAUCGCUCUCUUAGUAUGGGUGAUGUUGAGUUUGGCAAGGAACAGCUUCUCGAUCUUUUGAAAAUCUCGACCAAUACAUAUUACAGGGAAGUCAGUAAACAGGCACCUAUUGGGAGGAACCAGCGGAACGAACCUCUCUAUGGAAUCAAGUCUUCGCUAGAUGAUGCGCAGAAAUCAAUACGGGAUUUGGCAGAUCUUGUUUUUAAAAAGUUGGACAACUACAAUAAAGAGAAUGGUACGGAUUUUCGCUAGAUCCAAAACACCAAGGGCCCAGACCACCGGUGGGCAUUUUCGAAGAUCUUGUCGCAAAGGCUAUUUCCGAGGUUGGUCUCAGUUUUCAUUUUGUGAAAGCGGCAGAAUGUAGUACUGGUAAAGUGACCGUUGUACUGAUAUGGAACUGUAGGUCUUCCUGGAUACGAGCACGGCCCGCCAAUUGGAGUAAGUCAACACCCCUAACCCCCUCACUUAAGAGGACAAUAAAAUCCUAACAAUUUCCCUUUAUAGGCUAUAUACCGACCUCGACCUUAUCGCACAGAAUUACCACAAGCGUAUGAGAGUUGAGCACGUCGAGGGUGUCUUGAUGGAAAGAAAAAUCGUAUUGGCCGAUGAAUGGUGGCAGAUGCAUGAAAUCCUCAGCGAAUGGGACUCUCAACCCGGCACGUAUGAACCUUUGCACGAUGCUUACUGGCCUGACGAACUUCGCAACCUUAAAAGCAUAAAUAUUUCCGGCCGGUGUACGGCGAUGCUUGGAUGGAUGGACCAGUUGAAUUUGUUGAGAAGUAACAACCUUCUCUUGAGAGAUUGGAGUGGGAGGAAAACAAUCAAACAACUUUACUAUGGUAUGUUAUUGUCUAUAUUCUUAACCUCACCUUUUUCCGUGAGGCAUCAUCGAUUGGAAAGCAGGCUGCAGAUCCGCACCAGCAGUUUUGUGACGAGUGAAUGGUUUCUUACAUCAUCUUAAGUAUUUGACACCACGGAUACUGGAAACUUCAGAGCCUUUCGCGAAGCAAUCGACGAAUUUCACGCUCGUGUAAGUCCCUGCUCCCAUUCACUCUUCCAAUUAAAUCUGUGAUGUUCUCAAGUCGCCUUUGCUAGCCUUCAGAAUGCCACAUGCACGUGUUGCAUACUUCAUAAGAUACUCGCUGAUUCGGAUCAUUGGUAGAUAAGGCAGCUCUCCCAAUUGCAAGAAACCGAUCGAUUCAGUCCAAAUAGCCCCUCACGCAAGACAAAUAUCUUCGCGGGACUUUUCCACGUCCACCCAAUUGGACUUCACGAUAUGGAUACGAUACUUGACAAUGAAAAUAAGAAGACGUGUUCAGUUUGCGGCUUUUCUCUCGAACGGGACGAGCUCCUCGCCAGUCUAGAUUGCCAAGCUGGGCACUUGUUUCACCAGCGAUGUCUUCAAAGAUGGUGGGAUUCUUCACCCGAGGAUUGCCCUGUUAACAACAUAUGUCCCCUAAGAUAUACUCCUGUAAUUAACUGGCAAGCGGGAAUGAACGAGCUUGUCGGUAUCUCACCGGAACUAAGCGUGCCUCAAACUGGAAAUCUAGCAGGCAAGCCCUUCGCUCAACUUGUUUGA